AAUUUAAUGUAAUGUAAUGUAAUGUAAUGUAACGUAUGUAUGUAUGUAUGAACGAACGAACGAACGAACGAAGGAAGGAAGGAAGGAAGGAAUUAAAUCCUUCAUUUUGCGCUUGUUGCCUGUUUUCAUGAUUUGUUCUUCCUUACUUGUUCCUAUUGCUUUCUUACCAAUCAUGUCUCACCCUUCUCAAGUUGCAAAACUUAUUCUCGUACUCCAAAAGCUGGAUUGACGUGCGUGAAUGCUAACGUCAGGUACUGGCUCUGGCCGUGGGCGCCCGCACACAGGAUCAGUCCUGUCGCACGCCACAACACCUUCCUGGCGGUCACGAUCCAAGCAGGUUGUGGAGGUGGAAGGCAGAGAAGAUGUCGCAGAUGGAAAGGCAGAUUUGCCAAGGCGCAGAUCGCCCUUGCUGGAGAAGCGCUGGACGGCGGUGGAGAACCAACGAAUGGCUCCCAGGAGCGAACUCGAUCGACUGGAGCACAUCGAUCCUGAUGUCGAUGAGGCGAAUGCCAUGCUCGUGGAGUCCUUCUUGAAUGUCAAGCGGUCUUUGGGCGCGGAGAUGAAUGAGGCCACCUCGCAGUGUUCGCAGACCAUCCCAUCUGCGUCCAGCUACUUCAUCUCCAAGCCGCAUGGCACCACACCUCGUGCAGGCCAAGGCAACCAAGGGGGCUUGCAGCAGGCAGGCUACCAGGAUCCUGCGGCUCUGGAGCGCCUGGCAGAGGCUCAGCAGCUGCUGUGCGCGCGUGCUGUGAGUGAAGAGGACUGUCAGCAUGCUGUCGACCUGCUGCUGGAGCUGGCACGGCCUGUGGAGGAGGAUGGCUUUGGCUACAGCCCAGCGCUGUUGACCUUGGCCUCUCUCUAUGAGUCGGGCUACGAGCCAGCCAUCCAGCAGGAUGCUGUGCAAGCUGCUAGGUACUACAUCUCCUUGCUUGAAGUUCAGAUCACAUCCCCCAGCCUCAGCCGUGAUUUGCUGGAAGAGGCUGCGACGCACCUCUGCAGCUUAGCCAAGGAUCCAUCCUGCAACUUGCCGGACAACGAGGUCCGCCGUUUGGAAGCUCUGGCGGCUGAGGAUGGGCAGCCCAGCAGCGCCUGGUUGACCUUUGCCGCUGCGGAGGCGCGGCGCAGGUGGACCGAGGCCAAUGAAGACCCUGAGGUGCGGAAGCGGCGGCAGCAACGGGAAGCGCAAAAGGCUGAGCAGCGGCAGCGGAUGUUGACCGAGCAGCGGCAGAGGGCGCAACAGGCGCUGAGCGAAGCAGAGGAAUUAAGGCUGCAAGGCAAUGAUGUGUGCCGUCAGGGUCAGCUGCCGGGCAACGCUGCAGCACAGCAGCUUCUGUUGCAGGCAGUCGCACUUUACGACCAGGCAGUGGAGGUGCUUUCAAGGUGCUUAGAGCAAUCGCUCCCUGCAGAGGAGUCUUCAGAGCUCCGCAAGCAACGGGCCUUGCUCCGCUCCAACUCUGCUCAGGUGGAGUUGUCAGCUGAACGCUGGGCUCAAGCAGCGAAGCUGGCGGAGCUGUCCCUGAAGGACGAACCCACCUCGGUGAAGACCCGUUACCGCCUGGCCAAAGCACAGCUGGGUCAAGGCGAAUGGGCCGCUGCCGCGGAAACCGUGGACCAAGCACUGCUGGCGCUCAAAGGACAAGCUGCCAGUGAGCGCGAAGCCUUCACAGUGGAACUGUGGAAGCUGGCGGAGGAAGUCACUGCAAAGCUGCCAGACUGGCGUUGGUCUGCCUCCAAACCGGAGAAGAGAACGGCCCAGGAUGACUACGAGAAGCGAAUCGUGGGCUGGUGGGAGUAUCCGGGGAGCAGCUUUGAAAUCCGUUUGGAGCCUUGGGGUGCUCUGGUCUUCCAUGAGGACACCGUGAAAAUUGAGCUGAUGAAGAAGGGCAAGUUGAGGUGGCGAGGUGAAGUAGAGCUGAUCUCCGGCAUGGUACUGAACCUAUCCUUCGAACCUGGGAGUGAUGUCUUGGUUUUAGAAUUCAUCCCACCACCGGAAAUGCCCGAGAAAGAUCAAUGGAGUGGUCCGAAGAGGUUCACCGCAAAGCGCAAGGCAGUGUCAAAACAGGAGGCUGCAGACCAGCAGGAGCAACUUCCAACACCAGAGCUGGCGCCCGAACCGGCGCCGGAGCCGGCACCGGGCCACGAUGAGGCUGUGCUGUCACAGGUCGAUGAGUCGAAGGAAGAGGAUGUGGCGGCCAUCUUGGCUGCAGCCCCGAAAGAGGUCUGCUUGGGCGGCUACCCUAGCGUGGCUGGCCAUUACAUCCUGCAACCAGAGCCAAAGAAUGGACGUCCUGUAUAUUGCCGUUCUGAUGGUCCUCAGGGCGAUCAAUUCCUUUGGUUUAGAGGUGGAAACUGGGGCGUCACAGACUCGCUCAAGGCAUCGGCUCUGGCUGCUCCUUGGCAGGUUCGCUGUGCUGACGCGGCCUUGCAGCCAUUGCAGCUUCGGCGGCGGUCCAAAUGGUAUGCGCGCUCAGGGAAGAACCAGGAGGAGCUUGUUCCACACCUUGCUGUUUCUUUGGUGUUAGAGCCAGAGCCUUCCAUGGAUCCUGCUGAGACUUCCAAAGAUCAAGGCACCACUUCAGCUAACAAUCUGCCAUCAUGGGUGGCCGAGACUGCUGUGGAUGUGGAAGACAAAGAGCUUCGAGUCAAUGUGGUCUUUCCGCCUGACCUCUCUGUAAGCCUGGCAUCCUUGGACAUGUCCGCCUCAGAGGGCAGUCUUUGUUUGGAGUUGCGCCAUAGCGGCUCUUUGGAGAUCCCUCUACCUGUGAAGCUCUCGGAGGAACAGCGAGAGGCCCCAAAGGCCAAGUGGUCCGAAAAGACGCGGACCCUGAAAGUGCGCUUCGUGCUUGACUGA